UCCACGCACGCAGCCGCACACACAGAGCGCAGCACAUGGUGCGGUAUGGCUAGCACUGCAGCACUCAGCUCGCUGGUGGAGACGCAUGUGGCAUGGAUGCCGAGCCCCAAUCCGAUCCCGGCAGCACUCAGCUCCAUUGAUUCCGGCAGCACGCGGCCGAGAGGCCAAUCCUGAUGGCGGCGGACGAGAGGCCAAUCCCGGUGGCGGCGGGGCUAAUCCAGUAGAUCCACGGUGGAUCCGGCUUGUAGGGAUGAUGAGUUCCUCAUCUCUUCUCUCCUUCCUCUCCUCUAUGCCCACUCAGCUGCCAGACAUUCUGACAUUGGGGGGUAAGAAGCAAGCUUCAGGCUCAAAUGUACUCGAUGUUGUGUAUGUGGCUGCUGGUACUAGGACUUGGGCGCUGGCAUGGUGUAUGUGGCGCUGCUGGUUGGUACAUGGAAAGAAUUUCUGGCGUUGGUUGCUGGUGUAGGCUGGUGGCUGGAACUUUUGGCUGCACGCUGGUGGAUGAAAAUUUCGUCUGUUGGCUGGCUGGUAGAAAAGAAUUUUUGUACACCAAAAAUAUUUUUGGCACUGCCGGCUAGCUUCAAAUUGUUUGGUGCAGGAGCUAGAUGCUGAAACUUGUUUAGUUGGCUAGAUUAUUUUGUACUCAUGUUUUUUGUGGUUCAUUUGUAUUGAAACAUGGCUGAAUCUGUGCUUCUGUAUUGGCUGGAAUGUUUUUAAUA